AUGGAGGUUCCCAUUGUGCAUGACACUCAAGUAAAUGAAAAUGACAUAAAUGAUGUCUUCGAAUCGCUGCUGCUAAGCGAAGAAAAAUUAAGUGCAGAAGGUUUUCAGGAGGGGUUGAAGAAAGGUUCUGUAGAUGGGUUAUGCGAAGGUUUCCAUUUGGGAUAUCACAGAGGUGCAGAAAUAGGCGCAGAGAUUGGUUUCUAUAAAGGAGUUAUUCAGGCCUGGCUUAUCAUCAGCAGAACGCCAGGAAAUAAUUUCAAAGGAGAGAAGGACUUAGAAAAGUUUAUGGAGUUGUGCCGAUCUUUCCCAACCAGCAAUUCAGAAAACGAGGACAUCCUGGAUCUCUUGAGUUCCAUAAGAGCAAAGUAUAGGAAACUGUGUGCUUUGUACAAAUUUAAUACUAUUAUUACAACUUCGGCGAAACUGUCAUUCUGA